ACUGCUCCUCCUGCUCAGCCUGGGGCUCUGUGAGUAUGGAAGCGGGAAGGAUGGAAUUCAGGGGUGCUCAGUGACUGCGCAGGGAAGCGGGAGCAGUGAAACUGCAGCGUGAUAUGCAACAGGAACAGAGCCUGUUCAGACAGGCGUUGUUGGAGGGGAUGAGGAAGGGGAGAGAGGGGGCAUGAGACAGUUGUUAGCGGUGAAUCACCUGGCAAAUAAGCUGGGAAAUGGCCGUAGCCCUGAGAAGGCAGCUGGAGGGCUACUCUGAAGGGCAGAAUCCAUCUCGCGAGCCUGGCAUUCUCAAUGCUGAGUCCCCAGGGACUCCAGCACAGCACCCAAGCGUGCUGGACGCCGAGGCCCUCCCUCCGCAUUCACCCUCAACUCAGGUGCCUGCCUGCCACACACCGCACUGCACCGGCAGGGAAGAGCCCUGCCCAAAGGCCCUGGGAGCUCUUCACGAGCAGCACCUGAGUGCACAUGGACAUCUUCUGCCCACAGGCUGCACCGAUGGCCAGGGACAGAGGGAUGCAGUGGCGGACAGGUUCCUCAACAGGAAUAUGAAGCAUCCCCAGGAGGGACAGCAACUGGAGCUGGAGUGCCCGCCUUAUGACAGGGAUAAACCUAUCUUCUGGAUACGUCUAGAUAAGUUUGGGAACAUCCACUUUCUCGUCUCCAGUACCCCUGUUUCCGUCCAGGGGAUGGCAUUCUAUGGGAGUAAGGGAACAUCUUCACAGUUUGAUACAUGGUGGAGAGGCAACACCAAUCUGCUGGUGGUAAAGAACUUCACAACCCAGGAUGAGGGGACCUAUUUCUGCAUCAGCUACACCAACCAGGUGCUGCACUUCAGCUCUGGACAACCCACUUUCUUCCCAGUCACAACUAAAGAAGCACCCACCACACUUGCAACCACCACCCAGAGCAGCCAGGCCACCAAGAAGGACAAUUCACAACAGAGUCCAGAUGCAGGAACAAACAGCAAGAAUACACUGCAUUUCUGCUAUGAUGUGGUCAUGCGGGUUAACCUGGCUGGUGCCUGCCUCCUGCUCCUCACUGCCAUAACCAUCACCACCAGGCACUGCCAAAGUUGGAUCAAUAUUUCUCAAUCUAUUCUGCACUCUCAGACAAUAACUGAAAACUUAGAAACUUCAUUCCAUCAGACUGUAUUGCCUCUACCAUCCCGAAAUACAUAAAUCAGGGAUGGAAGAAGCAGAACCCAAAGCACUGUGUAAUAACAGGAGAAACAUGCUUUAGUACGGGUCUUGCAAGUGUCCAAAUGCCAACACUCGCAGCAGCAGCUUGAGCUACAGCCAAACUACCUCCCACCUCCUGUUGAAACAAAGCUUACGAUUGGAGAGGAAAUUCUGAAACUUUCACUCAGCUUUCAGUUUUGCCUUACCAAAGAGAUCACAUCUUAGAAAUGCGCAAAAGAGAUGGAUGAUCAAAUCCAACCACGUCUCACACUCCACCGUCACUUGGCGGACCAAGCUCACCGUAAGCAAGCAGCGCUGCAUCGCUGCUCAGCAGAAGGCACACAGGCAUCCUCCUCAAGCACCGCACUGAUCCCAUCAGCAACACACACAGCUGCCCUGAUGGAGCGCGGGCAUUUGGCUGAUCCUUCUCUGCCCAUUCAUCAAUCACACCCAAAACUCUGCUCUCAGACCCCAACCCACAUCUCACUUCUGAAGUCUUCCCAAUUAAACACUUCUAAUUCUUAA